GGCUCCGUAGGAGGAGUUCCCUGGUUUCCCAAGAGGUCUUCAGACGCUUCUCCAACUUUUGCACACCGCAUCCAUAUGACGUCCAUGGAACGUCCGGCCAUCCAAACUAGGUUCGUCCGUUUUCGGUCAUUUGCGGACAUUCAAUAGACCGUCUGUAUAGAUCCGUUUUACUGCCGGUCCAAGUGAUUACAUCCAUCGGCUGUCCAUCUUCGGAUCACAGAAAAAGCAGACUAACAAGCUUUCUAGACAACUUCACAUGAAGUACGUUGCCGGAUUAUUUUAUGAAAGAUCGUUGCCCAAACAAAAAAACAUAAGUUAUGUAAAUGAAGCAUCAGUAAUAUAAAAAUUGAUUCAAAUUUUAAUUUUAUUUAGAAUAUUAUAGACGUAAAUCACCAAUGUAUUGCUCGGAUCAUCAUUCAUGGAUAUCGAAAUGGAACAAUUACAAAAUUAUUUGCAACAGCGUAUACUUCUUCCUUUUAGCGUGUUAAAUAGUUUGACGAGAAUUCAGCAGACUAAAACCCUGUGAAAUUAUUCCAUGAAGUUUAUUGCUGAUGAACAUUUGGCCUGCUGAUCGUUAAAUAUUUAUAUUACCGUGGUUUUCUUGCGCUUUUAGCUAAAAUAGCAUAGAUUCUGAUUUUUUUUACAACAAGAAAGAAGUAUUCAUUUACAUACCAGCAUCUCAAUGGCGUCUUCAGUUGUUCAAUCUGGCAAAUAUUUUCUGGUUGAUUUAACUACUGCAACGGACCCUUAUGUUGCAACUGUCCCUGAUUUUUGGGUUAACGAUGGGACACAGUGCUGGUAUCCCAGGACACUUGGGGAGAGGGCUUCAGUGAAGCGUAAAACUCCACAACCAGAUUGGUUUCUUUAUUAGUGUAAGAUCCGGGGAACAUUUGAUUCGUAUGAGGCCUCUCGUGCCAAAGAGAAUAUAGCUGCUUUAAUCUGAUAUCAACUCUGCAUCGGAAAGCCAAACACAACAACAAAUGGGUAAAGGCCAUAGGAAUAAGAGGCCAAGAAAACGAUUUACCGUUGAUGAAUCACACGAUUCCAGCAGUGAUGCAAGUACUGACGGAAUGUACGGGCCCACUCAAUUCGACACUCCUUCUAUUCCUCCGGAAUUGUCUGCAAAUGCUGUUCGAACAACCAGACAAGUUGUUAAUGUACCCACGCAGUUCUUUCAGCAUAACGCAGAAUACAGUCAGUCGUAUUGUUUCGAUUCUCUCGUGUCUGUACCGUCAAUUUCUGACAACACACGAUUUGCAGUAGAACGUUCCAAUGCUAAUGCUCUUGAAAGCCAUCAAUCGACUUCAUUGUUUAAUGUUAACUCUCCAUCGUCAACUGCUGGUUCAUCGUCUGUAGUUAGAAGAGAAAUGGGUGAGCGUGAUCAAGUUGUUGUUGCCCAGCCAACUAACACGGAAGGUUUUGAGAAAAUUGUAAAAAAGUUGGUGAGGGAAACAUUGAAACAAAACAAAACAUUAACAAAUCUUAUGGAAAAACUGGUCAUAAUGGAUGGAAAGUUGAAUAAUCUCACCCUACCUGCGGUUUUACCAGCAGCAGAAAAUCCCACUUUUUUAAUGGCACCCUUGAAGGAAGUAGAAGAAAUCAAAGAGUUGGAACAACAAUUACUGGAAAAAGACAAUUAUUAUCAAUUGGUCAGGAUGAUCCGUUCACUACCCGUGAAGAAUUUUUGCGACCAACAAUGCAGUUGAAAACCAUUCAAAUUGCAAUUUUUUUUGGAUGAAUGCGUUUCUUAAUUGUUCAUAAAAGCGAUUAAUGUGCGCCAAAAACGCUAUCUUUACGCCAAAUGGCCGUUUAUGAGUUAGAUAUUGGUGCAUUUUUUUCAAAAGGAUAUAUGCGUUCAAAAAUGAAUUUAAAAUGCAUUUAAUCUGCGACUGUAUUUUAAAUGGAAGUCAUCUGGCCAGAUUUUCAAUUUACCAUUUCCUUACCCAACCUUAUAUAUUUAAAUGAAUAGAGAAAGCUGUUUUCUAUUGAAUAAGAAUUGAGAUAAACAAAUAUAAACAGAAAACCA